AUGUCUGGCCGCCACGGGGCUCCAAGUCAGGAGGGUUACCCUUCCUCGUCCCCGUCAAUGGACCACUCAAACGACCCUUUUAACUCAAACCGCCGCUUUUACGAUAACGAGUCUGACCAUGUUGAAUUCGGCCGUCGCGACCGCCGCGAAACAUACACCUCAGACUCGAGCAACCCUGCAGUCAACGACUAUGACAACAACGGAAACUAUGAGUAUCCCAUGCAAGAUACCGACUCAGAUCGAGACGUCUAUGCAGAACGACCAGCACCGUCCUCAGAGUCCAUAGGGCCAACAGGAGGGCGCUCAGCAUACCUAGACACAGGCGCACCGUCCUACAACGAAUACAACGUCCCCCCGCGAGACCAGUACCCAGCCUGGAGCGCCGACCGACAGAUACCGCUCUCCAAGGAGGAGAUUGAGGACGUCUUUCUGGAUCUCACACAAAAGUUUGGUUUCCAACGGGAUUCGAUGAGGAAUAUGUUCGACUUCCUUAUGCAGCUGCUUGACAGUCGAGCAUCUCGCAUGACCCCAAACCAGGCUCUCUUGACCCUCCAUGCUGACUACAUCGGCGGCCACAACGCAAACUAUCGCAAAUGGUACUUUGCCGCCCAGCUCGAUCUCGACGACGCUAUCGGCCAGACACAAAAUCCAGGCCUCAGCCGCAUGAAGUCGAAAAGGGGAUCAAAGAAGCGCGGAGGCCAUGAAAAGUCCCUCGCAACCGCACUAGAGCGUUGGAGGCAAGCAAUGAACAAUAUGAGCCAGUACGACCGUCUGCGACAAAUCGCCCUCUACUUGCUCUGCUGGGGAGAGGCCGCCUCAGUCCGCUUCGUCCCCGAGUGUCUCUGUUUCAUCUUCAAAUGCGCGGAUGACUACUACCGGUCGCCCGAGUGCCAGAAUCGCAUGGAACCAGUACCCGAAGGUCUCUACUUGAAAACCGUCAUCAAGCCUCUCUACCGUUUCAUUCGAGACCAGGGUUAUGAGGUUGUUGAUGGCAAAUUCGUUAGAAGGGAGAAGGAUCACGCCGACAUCAUCGGUUACGACGAUGUGAACCAGCUCUUUUGGUACCCAGAGGGAAUUGCAAGAAUAGUCCUCAACGACAAGACUCGCCUAAUCGACCUUCCACCCGCACAACGGUACACCAAGUUCGACAGGAUUGACUGGAAUCGAGCGUUCUUCAAGACCUAUUACGAGAAGCGUUCCUUUGGUCAUCUCCUGGUCAACUUUAACCGUGUUUGGGUUGCUCACAUCUCUCUGUUCUAUUUCUACACCGCAUACCACUCUCCCUCCAUCUAUCGGUUUGGAAACCGAGAUUCGACAGCCAUGCGAUGGAGUGCAACCGCACUCGGCGGCGCUGUUUCCACCAUCAUCAUGAUCCUCGCAACCCUCGCCGAAUUCUCCUAUAUCCCGACAACCUGGAACAAUACCUCCCACCUCACCCGACGACUCCUUUUCCUCUUCAUCACCCUCGGCCUCACCUCCGGACCCACGUUCUAUGUCGCCAUCGUCGAAUCGAACAACACGGGUGGUACACUCGCGCUCAUCCUCGCUAUCGUCCAGUUUUGUAUAUCGGUCAUCGCCACGCUCUUGUUCGCCAUCAUCCCCUCUGGUCGCAUGUUUGGUGAUCGGGUUGCGGGCAAAUCGCGCAAGUACCUCGCAAGUCAGACGUUCACGGCCAGCUAUCCUGUCUUGGGCAGCAAGUCCCGGAUAGGGUCAGUUACCCUCUGGAUCCUCGUCUUCCUCUGCAAAUCCGUCGAGUCGUACUGGUUCCUCACCCUCUCCUUCCGGGACCCUAUCGCGGUGAUGGUGCACAUGAAGGUUCAAGGCUGCAACGACCGGUUCUUUGGACGGGCCUUGUGCUAUAACCAUGCUGCGUUCACGCUGACGAUCAUGUAUAUCAUGGAUUUGAUCCUCUUCUUCCUGGACACGUUCUUGUGGUAUAUCAUUUGGAACACCACGUUUAGUAUUGCGCGGUCCUUUAUCUUGGGGUUGUCGAUUUGGACUCCAUGGAAGGAUAUCUAUACCCGGUUACCCAAGAGGAUUUAUUCCAAGUUGUUGGCUACGGGGGAUAUGGAGGUCAAGUAUAAGCCCAAGGUCCUCGUCUCGCAAAUCUGGAACGCCAUCAUCAUCUCCAUGUACCGCGAACACCUGCUCUCCAUCGAUCACGUUCAGAAGCUGCUGUACCACCAAGUCGAUACCGGCGCAGGCGGUCGAAGGAGUCUACGUGCCCCGCCGUUCUUCAUUAGCCAGGGCGACAAGAGUGUCAAGGGCGAGUUCUUCCCGGCUGGAAGUGAGGCUGAGCGAAGGAUUUCGUUCUUUGCGCAGUCUUUGACUACAUCGAUUCCGGAGCCUCUUCCUGUGGAUGCCAUGCCUACGUUUACGGUUCUUACGCCUCAUUAUAGCGAAAAGACUCUGCUUUCGCUCCGCGAAAUUAUCCGUGAAGAGGACCAGAACACGCGUGUGACGCUGCUCGAGUACUUGAAGCAGCUUCAUCCUAUCGAGUGGGACAAUUUCGUCAAGGAUACCAAGAUCCUCGCCGAGGAGUCCGCCAUGUUCAACGGUGCCAAUCCAUUCGGCAACGAAGAGAAGGGUCAAAAGGCCGACGACAUUCCGUUCACGUUCAUUGGAUUCAAGAGUUCCUCCCCCGAGUUCACGCUUCGUACCCGAAUCUGGGCCUCCCUCCGCGCUCAAACGCUCUACCGCACGGUGUCUGGCAUGAUGAACUACGCCAAAGCCAUCAAGUUGCUUUACCGCGUCGAGAACCCCGAGAUCGUCCAGUUGUUCGGCGGGAAUACGGAUAAAUUGGAGAGGGAGCUCGAGAGGAUGGCCAGGCGCAAGUUCAAGUUUGUCGUUUCGAUGCAACGGUACUCCAAGUUCAACAAGGAGGAGCACGAGAACGCCGAGUUCCUUUUGCGAGCCUACCCAGAUUUGCAGAUCGCCUAUCUCGAAGAGGAGCCGCCUCGCAAGGAAGGAGGGGAGUCUAGGAUUUUCUCGGCGCUUAUCGAUGGGCAUUCGGAUUUCAUCCCGGAGACUGGAAGGAGAAGGCCCAAGUUCCGUAUUGAGCUCCCUGGCAACCCGAUUCUUGGAGACGGCAAGUCGGACAACCAGAACCACGCGAUCAUCUUCUACCGGGGCGAAUACCUGCAACUUAUCGACGCCAACCAGGAUAAUUACCUCGAGGAGUGUCUCAAGAUCCGGAACGUCCUUGGCGAGUUUGAAGAGUACGCUGUGUCGAGUCAGUCGCCGUACGCCCAGUGGGGACACAAGGACUUCAAGACUGCCCCUGUCGCCAUCGUCGGAGCGCGCGAGUACAUCUUCUCGGAGAACAUUGGUAUUCUCGGUGAUUUGGCGGCUGGCAAGGAGCAGACGUUCGGUACGCUCGCUGCGCGGUCUAUGGCGUGGAUUGGCGGGAAGCUGCACUACGGUCAUCCGGAUUUCCUGAAUGGGUUGUACAUGACCACUCGUGGUGGUGUUUCCAAAGCCCAGAAGGGACUCCAUUUGAACGAGGAUAUCUAUGCGGGUAUGAAUGCCUUUGGACGAGGUGGACGGAUCAAGCAUACGGAGUAUUAUCAGUGUGGCAAGGGUCGUGAUUUGGGCUUUGGUACCAUCCUAAACUUCCAGACGAAGAUUGGGACUGGUAUGGGAGAGCAGAUGUUGAGUCGGGAGUAUUACUAUCUUGGGACGCAGUUGCCCAUUGAUAGGUUCUUGACGUUUUAUUAUGGCCAUCCUGGAUUCCAUAUCAACAAUAUGUUGGUCAUUUUGUCGGUGCAGACUUUUAUUGUUACUAUGGUUUUCCUGGGUAGCAUGAAUUCGCGUCUUACGAUUUGCGAGUAUACGAAGAGUGGGCAGAUGAUUGGGAACCAGGGUGGAUGCUAUAACCUCGUACCGGUCUUUGAGUGGAUCGAGAGGUGUAUCAUUUCGAUUUUCUUGGUCUUCAUGAUUGCGUUCUUGCCGCUCUUCCUUCAAGAACUCGUCGAACGCGGAACAUUCAAAGCCGUCUUCCGUCUCGCCAAACAAUUCGGGUCUCUCUCGCCUGUGUUCGAAGUCUUCUCGACGCAGAUCUACACCCAUUCCAUCCUCAGCAAUCUCACCUUUGGUGGUGCUCGAUACAUCGCUACUGGACGUGGUUUCGCGACGACUAGGAUUUUCUUCAACAUCCUGUUCUCGCGUUUCGCUGGGCCGAGUAUAUACUUGGGUAUGAGGACGCUGUUAAUGUUGCUUUAUGUGACGUUAUCGCUGUGGACGCCGUUCCUCCUCUACUUCUGGGUGUCUAUUCUUGCCUUGUGUAUUGCGCCGUUCUGGUUCAACCCGCAUCAAUUCGUGUUCUCAGACUUUAUCAUUGACUAUCGCGAAUUCUUGCGAUGGAUGUCACGAGGAAACUCCAAGUCGCAUAACAACUCGUGGAUUGGAUACUGUCGUCUCUCGCGCACGAUGAUCACUGGUUACAAGAAGAAGAAACUCGGCAACCCCUCUGAGAAGCUCUCUGGUGACAUUCCCCGUGCAACCUGGCGCGCCGUCCUUUUCUCGGAGAUUUUCUUCCCGGUGUUCAUGGCUGUCCUCUUCACGAUCGCGUACAUGUUCGUCAAGUCUUUCCCUGACGAGGAUGGCAACUACCCGCCAAGCCCGCUCAUCCGGAUUGCCUUGAUUUCGUUGGGCCCGAUUGUGUGGAAUGCGGCGAUUUUGUUGACGCAGUUCCUUAUUUCGUUGUUCCUUGGACCGAUCUUUAGUGCGAAGAAUUCGAACUUUGGAUCGGUUAUGGCUUCGAUUACGCAUGGGCUGGGUGUGUUGGGUAUGGUUGGUGCUUUCGAGUUCUUGUGGGUUCUCGAACGCUGGAACACUGCCGACGCUGUACUCGGUCUCAUUGCCGUCAUCGCCAUCCAACGUGCCUUCCACAAGAUCCUCAUCUCCGUCUUCCUCUCUCGCGAGUUCAAGCACGACGAGACGAACAUGGCGUGGUGGACUGGCCGAUGGUACGGUCGCGGCUUGGGCAACCAUGUCCUGUCGCAGCCUGCACGUGAAUUCAUCGUCAAGAUUGUUGAGCUCUCGCUGUGGAGUGGAGAUUUGUUGUUGGGGCAUUUGCUGUUGUUCAUGCUCACGCCGCCUAUUUUGAUACCCUACUUUGAUCGGUUCCAUGCCACGCUUCUUUUCUGGCUUCGACCCUCGAAACAGAUUCGUGCGCCGCUGUAUUCAAUUAAACAGAAAAAGCAACGACGCUCCAUUGUCAUCAAGUAUGGACUAAUCUACAUUUUCGUGAUCGCUGUGUUUGCUGCUCUCAUUGCUAUCCCUAUCAUCUUCAGCCAUACUCUCAAAUUCGAUUGCGCAAUUUGCGACAGCAUUUAAACCCCUUUUUCCCAUGAUAGUAGUAGUAGUACCUCAUUCUCAUUCUUACGAUCUCGCAUAGACUUUUCAUCUUCUUUCUACAUGACCGAUGCCAUACUUGUUCAUCUUGUACGACGCGUUUUAAUCCCCCUCUUUUUUUCUUUGUGUGUGUG